AUGAAGGGCCUCCUCCUCCUCACCAUGCUCUGCCUCUCCCUGGCCAGCGGCUUGAAAAGGGUGACCCUGACGCGGCACCGCUCCCUGCGGAAGUUGCUGCGGGACCGUGGGCAGCUCUCCCACUUCUGGAAAGCCCACAAGCUUGACAUGGUCCAGUACAGCGAGGACUGCACUGCCUUCACGGAGACCAACGAGCCUCUCAUCACCUACCUGGACAUGGAGUAUUUCGGGCAGAUCUCCAUCGGGACACCCCCCCAGAACUUCACGGUGGUAUUCGACACGGGCUCCUCCAACCUCUGGGUGCCGUCCGUCUACUGCGUCAGCAAAGCCUGCGCUAAGCACACCAAGUUUCAGCCAUCAGAGUCCAGCACGUACCAGGCGAUAGGGACCCCCUUCUCCAUCCAGUACGGGACCGGCAGUUUGAUGGGGGUCAUCGGAUCUGACCAAGUAGUCGUCGAGGGUCUCACCGUGAGCAACCAGCAGUUUGCAGAGAGCGUCAGUGAGCCGGGAAAAACCUUCCUGGACGCUGAGUUUGAUGGGAUCCUGGGGCUGGCUUACCCCUCACUGGCCGUGGACGGGGUCACCCCCGUCUUCGACAACAUGAUGGCACAAAACCUGGUGGAGCUGCCCAUGUUCUCUGUCUACAUGAGCACGAACCCUGAAUCCUCCUUGGGAGGAGAGCUGCUCUUUGGUGGCUUUGACCCCUCUCGCUUCACGGGGACCCUGAACUGGGUGCCAGUCACCCAGCAAGGGUACUGGCAGAUCCAGCUGGACAACAUCCAGUUGGAUGGGACAGUGGCUUUCUGCGUGAACGGCUGCCAGGCCAUCGUGGACACCGGGACAUCACUCAUCACAGGUCCCACCAAAGAUAUAAAAGAAUUGCAAAGCUAUAUUGGUGCCACACCUGUGGACGGAGAGUACGCCGUGGAGUGCAGUAACCUCAGCGUGAUGCCUGACGUGACCUUCACCAUCAACGGGCUCCCCUACACACUCAGCGCCCAGGCCUACACCCUCACGGAGAACAGCGACGGCAUGGCCUUCUGCAUCAGCGGCUUCCAGGGGAUGGACAUCGCCCCUCCCGCUGGACCCCUCUGGAUUUUGGGCGACGUUUUCAUCCGUCAGUUUUACUCCGUCUUUGACCGUGGAAAUAACAGGGUGGGGUUGGCCCCCGCCGUCCCUUAG